GUUUAGCCACUUCACACCUCUUCCCCGAGCUCCAGCUUGCGUGAGCCAUUGGCACCUUUUUCUUCCUUCAACAUCGCCACCAUGUUCGCCCUUCGCUCUGGCACGCUCUCUGCAGCGCGGCCAUCAUGGUGCGCCCGCAGUCAAUGGCACACCCGCUCGCUCUCCCUCACCGCGCGCCGCCGACAAGCGACACCCAUCGACAACGACGCCUCCAACCUCAACAAUGUCUCGAAAAAUAUCACCCAGCCCAAAUCGCAAGGCGCUUCACAGGCCAUGCUGUACGCCACAGGUCUCAAAGAGGAUGACAUGAAUAAAGCACAAGUCGGUAUCUCCUCCGUCUGGUUCUCCGGCAAUCCAUGCAACAUGCAUCUCCUCGACCUCAACCACAAAAUCAAGGAAAGCGUGCAAAAAGCCGGUCUCUUGGGCAUGCAAUUCAACACCAUCGGUGUCAGUGAUGGAAUUUCAAUGGGUACAAAAGGAAUGCGAUAUUCCCUCCAAAGUCGAGAUAUCAUCGCCGAUUCGAUCGAAACUGUCAUGAACGGACAAUGGUACGAUGCGAAUAUUAGUAUUCCUGGCUGUGAUAAGAAUAUGCCUGGUGUGGUCAUGGCUAUGGGACGUGUCAAUAGACCGAGUAUCAUGGUUUAUGGAGGUACGACGGCGGCAGGUUGUGGUCUGCAACCGAAGAAUGAGAAAUUGGAUAUCGUGUCGGCGUUUCAGGCGUAUGGACAAUUUUUGACUGGGGAGAUCAGUGAGGUGGAACGAGCGGAUACGAUUCGACAUGCGAUCCCGCACUGUGGUGCUUGUGGUGGCAUGUAUACGGCGAACACGAUGGCUUCAGUUAUUGAAUUGAUUGGUAUGACACUUCCGGGAUCAUCGACAAACCCAGCUAUGAGCAAGGCGAAGCAGUUGGAGGUGCAGGCUGUGGGACCGGCGAUCAAAAACCUGUUGAAGGAGGACAUCAGGCCUUCGGAUAUCAUCACACGGGAUGCGUUGGAGGAUGCGAUGGUGCUGUUGAACAUCACCGGAGGCUCAACGAAUGCAGUGCUGCAUUUGAUUGCCAUUGCGCACAGUGUGGGCAUUGAGCUGUCGAUCGACGACUUCCAGAAAGUGACGGACCGAACGCCAUUCUUGGCCGAUUUGAAACCCAGCGGGAAGUACGUGUUUCAGGAUCUGCAUGAAAUUGGUGGCACACCAAGUUUGAUCAAGUUCUUGAUGAGCGAGGGACUUCUCCACGGCGACCGAAUCACGGCUACGGGUAAGACAAUCAAGCAAAACUACGAGAACGCGCCUACGUUCCCCGAAUCUCAGGAUAUCAUCCGGCCACUCAGCAACCCGAUCAAACCCACCGGACACUUGUGCAUCUUGCGCGGAUCUCUGGCACCAGAAGGUGCCGUUGGCAAGAUCACAGGAAAGGAAGGUACCGUCUUCACUGGCAAAGCCAGGUGCUACGAUGCGGAAGAUCUGUUCAUCGAGGCGCUCGAGCGAGGCGAAAUCAAGAAGGGCGAGAAGACCGUUGUCAUCAUCCGCUAUGAAGGUCCCAAAGGCGGUCCAGGCAUGCCUGAAAUGCUCAAGCCUUCUUCGGCCAUCAUGGGCGCUGGUCUCGGUCAAGACGUUGCUCUCAUCACCGAUGGACGAUUCUCUGGCGGCAGCCACGGUUUCUUGAUUGGACACGUAACACCUGAGGCACAAGCUGGAGGUCCGAUCGGUUUGGUCAGAGAUGGAGACACUAUUACCAUUGAUGCAGAGAACAGAGUGAUUGAUUUGGUGGAUGUGAAGGAUGAGGAGCUGCAGAAGAGGAAAUUGGAAUUCAAGGCGCCGGCUUUGAAGUAUCAGAAGGGAACUCUGUACAAGUAUGCGCAUGUCGUAAAGGACGCAAGUCAUGGGUGUAUCACGGACGGGAUGUAGAGUGGAAAAGAAGGAAUAAAAGUGUGUGUAAAAUAUGGCAUGGAAGCUUUUACCUUGAGCAGCACUGGAUGGCACAAGGCUGGCACGGCGUUUUGGCGCAAGGAGGUGCUGGUGCUGCAGGAUAUCUUGUCUUUUAGAACAUAAAUGUGUGUAAUUGAAAAGAAGGAUCUUACUUCUUAUCUCACACGUUUGCUCCUCCUAUGCAGCGUCCCAAGUCAAGACUGCUC